AUGGAGCAUAAGGAGAUUACAGAAGUUAAAGAUUCGUACGAUGAUCAACAGAAAUGGGUUCUUGAUUCUUCUAUCGAUAGCAGAGGACGUGUUCCUCUUCGUGCUCGAACUGGCGCUUGGAGAGCUGCAUCCUUCAUCAUCGCAAUUGAGUUCAGCGAGAGAUUGAGUUACUUCGGUUUAGCUACGAACUUGGUGGUCUACCUAACAACAAUUCUCCACCAAGAUCUCAAGAUGGCCGUAAGAAAUGUGAACUAUUGGUCAGGUGUCACCACUUUGAUGCCUCUUCUUGGAGGCUUUGUAGCAGACGCUUAUCUUGGCCGUUACACCACUGUCUUGGUUGCAACCACCAUUUACCUCAUGGGUUUGGUCCUUUUAACAAUGUCCUGGUUUAUACCGGGCUUGAAACCAUGUCAAGAACAAGUGUGUGUUGAGCCUAAGAAAUCACACGUGAUAGCUUUCUUCAUUGCCAUUUACUUGAUCUCCAUAGGCACUGGAGGUCAUAAACCUUCCCUUGAAAGCUUUGGUGCUGACCAGUUCGACGGUGAUCAUGUUGAAGAAAGAAAGAUGAAGAUGUCUUAUUUUAACUGGUGGAACGUGGUUCUAUGCGCUGGGAUUAUAACUUCUGUGACUGCCAUUGUCUAUAUCGAAGACCGUGUUGGUUGGGGUGUUGCCGGAAUCAUACUCACUACACUCAUGGCUAUUUCACUUGUCAUCUUCCUCAUCGGAAAACCAUUCUAUCGUUACUGGAAACCUUCCGGUAGCCCUUUGACUCCAAUGUUUCAGGUCUUUGUUGCUGCCAUUGCCAAAAGAAACCUACCUUAUCCCUCUGAUCCUUCUCUGCUUCAUGAGGUUUCCAAGAAAGAGUUUACUAAUGGACGGCUUCUCGCUCACACAAAGCAUCUUAAAUUUCUUGACAAGGCAGCAAUUAUUGAAGACAAGAAUCCUCUGGCGAUCGAGAAGCAGAGUCCAUGGAGACUCGUAACGUUGACAAAAGUAGAGGAAACGAAGCUGAUCAUCAACGUGAUUCCAAUAUGGCUCUGCACGUUGGCCUUUGGCAUCUGUGCAACACAAACUACGACCUUCUUCAUCAAACAAGCAAUCAUCAUGGACAGGCACAUCGCCAGCUUCACUGUCCCUCCAGCUUCCAUGUUCUCUCUCACCGGUAUCGCGUUGAUCAUCUCACUCACGGUUUAUGAUAAGCUCCUCGUUCCUUUGCUAAGACGCGUCACAAAGAAUCAAAGAGGCAUCAACAUUCUCCAGAGAAUCGGGACCGGUAUGCUUUUCUCCCUCAUCACCAUGAUCAUUGCAGCUCUAGUUGAGAGAAAACGAUUGGACCGUGGCGAUAACAAUAGACCUAUGAGUGUGAUGUGGCUAGCUCCACAGUUCAUAGUCAUCGGCAUUGCGGACGCGUUCACACUCGUUGGACUCCAAGAGUACUUUUACGACCAAGUCCCUGAUUCCAUGAGAAGCUUAGGUAUAGCGUUUUACUUAAGCGUGAUUGGUGCGGCUAGCUUCCUUAACAAUCUACUGAUCACAGCCGUUGAUACCCUAGCUGAGGACUUCUCGGUCAAGAGUUGGUUUGGGAAGGACCUGAACAGUAGCCGGUUGGACCGGUUCUACUGGCUUCUUGCCGGUCUAAUUGCUGCCAAUAUAUGUGUCUUUGUGAUUGUGGCAAAGAGGUGCCCUUACAAAAGUGUGCAGCCACCGAGCCAAGACUGUGUUGACUCGUCGUCCGUGUCCAUCGACUAA